AUGAUGCUAUGGGUCAUAGCUGACGUUCUGAACUUUACGUUCAGUGUGCUACCUGUAAGCACCUGGGACCAGGUCACAAACUUGGUGAUGGAAAGAACGUCUUUCAUGGCUACUGUAUACUAUAUAGUACUGCCACUACGCACCCUUCUGUAUGAUUUUACAUAUAUUUACACGCAGAUUUCGACUAGUUUCUCAAUGCCCACACCUUCACUCACUACUAACUGGGAAAGUCUCUUCGUCCCUCUAGCAGUCGAGGUUUGGGUGUCAGUCAUGGUGGUGCUGUUUCUGGUGCCCCCUUGUCUGUUUAUGAUCACUCGCCCGGAAGUCGGAGAAGAAUUAAAGCACAAACUGACAAUAGGAGACUCAACUGAAAUAGCAGUUGGAACGCUGCUUGGUCAGGGUACCAAGAAGCAACUACCUGAGAGCAUCUCGGGUCAGUUACUGCUGGUGACUUGGCUGGUGUUCGCUUUCAUCGUGAGCAACGUCUACAGGGGCAACCUGACAGCCGCUCUCACCCUUCCCAAGUACCCACCCAGACCAGAGACACUAGAGCAGCUCAUCAAAGUUGUUGAUAAGGUCAUGAUGCCAACUUACGGGGAAAGUUUUAAACAAUUCUUUAAGCAGUCAGAUUCCGUAGUGUAUCAGACACUCGCAGACAUCAUGGAGGUCGUCCCUUCUGCUGAGUAUUGCCUACGCCAAGCAGUAGAAAAGAAAGAGGGCUGCAUGGACGACUACCGCUACCUCCAGCAGUUGAUAGCUGACAACUUCACACUUGUGGACGGCAGCACCAAGAUUUACAUCGGCAGGGAGAGAAUCAUGCUGGCGCCCGGAGCCUGGCCCAUACCCCACGACGCACCUUACAAGCCUCAGCUCGACAUAUUAAUGAUUCAUAUUAAUGAGGCUGGAUUAUACGAGAAAUGGAUCAAUGAUAUAAUUCUAAAGGCCCAAGACGACAGUCGAAAACGACAACGUGAGGAGCAGGAAAAAGAACACGAGAUGGCUGCCCAGAGUACUCCAGAGACCAGCGAGAACCAGGCUCUGACACUCCGCCAUAUGCAAGGCCCCUUAAUGAUCGUCGCCUUGGGCCUUUCUUUGUCUAUGAUUGUGUUUAUGACAGAGUUAAUGCUAGAAUUAUACAGGAAAGGGACUGCCUAA